ACACAUGUAAAGCCACGCUUGCGGCUCCUCCCAUGCAGUUUAAGCGCCCAUGAGCCAAUCUCUCAUGCAGGCCGCGAGCAAAGUGAGCAGCGUGCGCGGGGAAAAGAAGUGACGUUCCUGCAGGACCACUGCUGACAUGUAGAGCUGCUGUCACCUCGACGAGGACUCGGCACUCGGCGCCACAUUUCCAUGAUGACCUUUGCCAUGUUGCGCCCGGUGGCUGCGCACUUUUACUCCGACUUGAGCAUCACCUCCGAGGACGACGAGAACCGCAGCGAGAGCGACGACAGCUCUGACAGGCCGUGCUGCGGCGCUGGGAAACGAGCGCGCCUGGCGGAGGGCGAGCCCGUGGUGAAGCAGCGCAGCGCCGCCAACGCCAGGGAGCGCGGCCGGACCCAGAGCGUCAACACCGCCUUCACGGCGUUAAGGACCCUCAUCCCCACCGAGCCGAUGGACAGAAAACUCUCCAAGAUCGAGACGCUGCGCCUCGCCUCCAGUUACAUUUCCCACCUGGCCAACGUGCUUCUGCUCGGGGACGGCUGCGAGGAUGGACAGCCGUGUCUCGACGUGGUCCACGCGGGGGACAAGGGGAGCAAGAAGCCCAGGACCAUCUGCACUUUCUGCUUAAGCAACCAGAGAAAAGCGGAUGGCAGUGAGUGUUUGAAGAUGCGCAGAUUGGGUCCACUGCGACUGCGACGCUGACCAAAAACCAUGAAAGCGAAGGAUUAACAACCCGAAAACCCUCAAAAGACUUUCUCAGGGAAGACUCAGACCUGUUGUGUGAAGCACACGUCCAUGCUGGAUCCGACAAUGCAGCCAAACAGACUAUUUAUAUUUGACCCAGAAAUGUAAACAUAAGCCACUCAAAGAUGCAGUGCAUUGGUUUGAGACUUAUAAGCGUAUGUCCUUUGUUUGCUGAAAGUUUAAAAUAAAGUUUAUUUUCUAAA